AUCAUUGUGAGAAUCUGAUCAUCUACAGAGUAUAAAACUCGUCAAAUUCAAUUCGAACUUCAAACGUGUUGAGGUUGACUGAUAUUGAAGACACCAUGGUGGCCAUCAAAAUAUUUCUAUCAGUUGCUUUAGUGUAUGUUUGUUCAGCAGCUGAACUAAAAUGCCAAACAUGCAUGUUCGCUGGAGAUCCCGACUGUGAGGUUACUAAAGAAAUUUCCUGUUCUGAGGAGACCGUGCAAGCAAUUUCAGACUUCUGUCCAUUUUUUAAUGAUAGAGCUAUGGCGGGACUACCUUUCACAUGCUUGAGAGUAUACUAUAAUCCAGACUCACACACUCUUCGUAGAUAUGAAGGCUGCUUCCGUCAAUUCAAUGAUGAUACAGAUAUGUGUACUGUGCUGAAACAAUGGUGUCCAGAUCAUAUAAUAUGUAAAAAUGGAACUGUCAUACCACAAGUAUCCCAUCACCAGAAACAAGCAUCAUCAUGGAUAAAAAUGGAAUAAUAGUUGAUUAAAUGGAUUAAAUGUUAUGAAAUGGGAUAAUAGUAGUGAUAAUAACACUAGAACAUAUUAUGUGUCACCUACAACCACUCCAAGAUCCUCAAUUUGUACUACUAUUAGCUAUAAAAUUGAAAUGUGAAUCAAACCCACUCAUAAUUUAUUGCAUUGUAACUAUUAUAUGUAAACUUCUAAUUAUAUUUUGAAAGGUGAAAAAUAAACUUCAAUCAGUUGAAAAAUGAA